AUGCUUGAAGACACCCCACUCUCUGCGACUAGCAGCAUGAGUUACACUGAACUGGGAUUUUAUGAAAAACCAUUGGAACACUUUUGGCUAGAGGGACUUGUUCCAGCCGUCUUUACUCCCUUUCAAGAGGAUGGCGAACUAGAUUUGUCCAAAAUUGACGAAUAUUGUGAGUUUUUGGUGAAAAACGACAUCAAAGCUAUAUUUGUAAAUGGUACAACUGGUGAAGGAAAAUCUUUGACUAUGGAAGAGAGAAAGAAAGUUGUUGAAAAAUGGAUCACCACUGCAAUGGGAAGUUUAAAGGUCGUGGUUCACGUCGGAGGCUUGAAUGUUCGGGAUAGUAUUGAUUUAGCCAAACAUGCCGUCAACGCUGGGGCAGACGCAAUUGCAUCUCUUCCACCAUUGUUUUUCAAACCAAACAGUAUUGAGAAUCUUGUUGAACAUUGUAAAACAGUGGCCGAUGCUGCACCAAACCUUCCAUUUUAUUAUUAUCAUUUACCGUACAUGACGGGAGUAGAGCUGAAGAUGGAAGAUUUCUUGAUAAAGGCAAAGAAAAAAAUACCAAAUUUGGUUGGUCUGAAGUUUGCUUCAAAGGAUCUUGGAGAUAUGAUUGGUUGUCUGUUUGCUGGAAAUUUUAACAUCCUAUGUGGUUGUGAUGAGCAACUUAUGGCAAACAUGGUAAUGGGGGCACAUGGUGCAGUCGGUACUCUAUACAACUUUAUGCCUCAGCUCUUCCACAGACUUGUUCAGUAUGUCAGAAAAGGAGAGAUGCAGAAUGCUCGAGCAGAACAAAUUCGGGCACAAAAAGUUCUACGGAUUAUGCUUAAUUAUGGUCAUAAGCUUGGGGGUAAUGUCGCAGCUGUGAAGCCAUUCAUGACACUUGUCGGUUUGGAUCUUGGACCUCCGCGCCAACCAAUGAGGGCGAUGUCUGUUGAUGAAACUGCUGAAUUCUUAAAUGAUGUACAUAAACUAGGAUUUAAAGACUGGAAACCAGCUAUUUCACUGUAG